CACUUCUAACCCUGCAUACAUAUGUGUUGCACUGAGGCGGGCAGCAACUCCUACACUCAGUGACUCUACCAGGCCUAUAAGUACGGGGUCCACCAACUGCCAGCUCAUUACCUACCUGAAGUACGUCCAGUGAGGCUGGACAGUGCAGCUCCCAGAGAAGACUUCCACACAGUUGCCACGGACACCCAACUGCCCUUCCUUGCAUUCGAGCAAUCAUCAAGACCAGAUUGACACCUGGACAUCCUCAUCAAUACUGAAGACAUAACACUGCUCAAGGGCUGUCAUCGAAGAAUUACACAAUUUUCAUCAUUUGUCUGCUGAAGAAAUUGCAAAAACUCAAGCCCGACUACCGUCACUGAAACUUUCAUAUUCUACCAUCUCUCUUGCCCAGUGGUCAAGAUGCUAUCUCUCUGGCUGACCGAGGUGUUUCCCCUGGUGGCAAGUUCCAACACCCACGUCAGGAUGGACGCCGACACCCAGACUUACCAUUUGACGGCGCCGCCGCCGACUCUCAUGCCAACCUCCACCUACACCCUGCUGUCCGUGUUCCUCUGCUUGGCACUGACAAUGGGCUAUCUGGUAUUUGUCGGAAUGGCAAUUUUGUACGGUCGGGUACGACCAACUUCAGGACUCUGUCUGCAGUUGUUGCUGCUGACGAUAUUCUCGCCGAUACUGUCGACGGUGUUGCCGAGCAUGUUGCUGAGCGUGACGUUCCUUGGCAUCGUCACCUACUACAUGUACCAGAACCUACCACCAGCGUACCUCGGGGUCCAUGGAAAGGCAGUCCUCAUCACGGGCUGUGACCAGGGCAUUGGACACGAGCUGGCCAAGAAGCUGGACAGCAUGGGUCUGCACGUGUUUGCAGGCUGCCUGUUCAAGGACGGCCCCGGGGAGACCCUUCUGAAGGAGACGUGCUCCGACCGUCUCAAGACCUUGCAGCUCGAUGUGCGAGACAUGGUGCAGGUUGAGAAGGCGGCCAUCUUUGUGGACGAGAACCUGGGCGACAAUGAACUAUGGGGCAUCGUCAACAACGCUGGCAUCUGCUACAUCGGCAACGUAGAGAUGAUGAUGAUGGAGGACAUGCAGAAGAUCAUGGCAGUCAACUACUUCGGCCCUGUCAACGUCUGCAAGGCCUUCCUCCCCCUCCUCCGCCGCAGCCGCGGACGUCUCGUCAACAUCGCCAGCAACGCAGGUUUGGCGCCAAUCCCCCUGAUGGGUGUCUACUGCGCCUCCAAGGCGGCGCUGGCCAGCAUGACGGAGGUGUGGCGCUAUGAGCUGCAAGCCUGGGGCAUCAAUGUGUCCAUGAUCAUCCCCAGCGGGUACAAGACAGGUAUCCUUGGUUACGACAAAGACAAGACUGCUGAACGCUGGUGGAACGCUGCCAGUGACGCCGUCAGGAACGACUACGGCAAAGACUGCUUCCACAUCAAGUUCAGAAACGCAGACAACAUUCUCAGCAGCGACCUGUCGCCCAUCAUCCAGUCCAUCGUGGACGCCCUCCUCUCAACCAAACCCAAAACAUUUUACUACAAAGGCCUCAUGUCUCGAUCUCUGCCCUUCCUGUAUCUCCAUCUGCCUGUCUGCAUCAGCGACCCCAUCAUGAAGGUCAUCGGAAACUGGUACGAAUUUUCACCGAAAGCUUUAAAGAAGUGAAGACCCCUUUCAGUGCUGUCAAAGGGUCCAAGCAAGCCUCUCCAAAGAUGUGCUUCUUAGCGCACAAUACGCCUUCCAUUGAAAACCAGAAGGGGAGAUCACUCUGAAGUCUGCACUGAGGCAGACAUGAUGUGCCAAAUGUAGACCUGUGUUCGAAAUUAAGGAAGUCCUGGUUCUGAGGGUUCCUGCUAUAGUAUUUAAAUCUAAUAAUUCAGUUAACUGUGAAUUACGAACAAUGGAGCCUCUAAUAUUAAAAAGGAGCCUUGACCUUUGUUCUUGAUUUCGAACACUGUAGAUGACAGUCGUAAUGGUAAUUUAGCAUUAACAGUGAUGAGCGAAUCUGUUUUGAAGCUGGUUUUUAAAACAAUUUGACAUACACGCCAUGGUUGUGAAUAAGUUAAUAUUAAGCACAUAUUGGUAGAUGCGACAUGUUGUUUGGUAGAUGUACACAUGUAUACUGCAAGAAUGGCAGCUUUGAUAUUCUGAAGUAAUCCCAGAGAUGUACAUAAACUUUGUAGAAAUGGAUCUACCAUCAAUAGUGGGGAUUCCAGUCAAGCUCAAUCAUUUAUCAAUAUACUCAACUUGCAAUAUGCUGACAUAUAUUGACCCAGUGAUACAGGCAUGAUAUAAAUAAUGUACAUUUCAUUCAUGUUGUCUUGGGGCUCAGUUUAAUAACAACAGGAAUAACCAUUUGACAGGAGCUCCGACACUUCCACAGUUGUAAUAACCAUGGGUUGUUGACCUAGCAGAAACAUCAUCCAGGAAUAAUAUUACCUAUAAAGAAAUUGAUGCAGGUGAAAUUAUUUAAACUGUGGGAAAUUAAAAAAACUCUUUGCAUUAUUAUUGAGAAAUUCAACUUUUUCAUCUAAUCAAAACAUAUUUUAUUUGGCAUGUCAAUUUAUUUUGUUUCGUGAAUGAGCCUUCUCUAAAUUCAAAACCCCCCCAAAAUAUUGUUAGACAAAUAUUCUUGUUCUAAUUUUUGCUUAAACAAUUUUUUAAUCUGAUUAAGGAAUAUUACCUCAAACUAUUCCGGAUGCCAUAUUUUGAAUUUUUCCAUGUCACUCUUGACAUACUGACCAAUAAAAUCUGUAAAACUAGAACUUAAAUUAACCUGGACUGGACAGUGUUUCCGUGUACACUUCUGUCUUGGCAACAUUAGGCCUCAGGAGUUACUUCCCUUUAUUUGCUUUCGACCCAAGCAGGCAACAUGGAGACUGUAGAUCUAUACAAUGAUUGGUGCAUUAACUUUUCUGCUAUGCUUGAGAAUAUUUGUCAUCAGACAUUCAUUACACUAAAUAGUUCUCAGAAAAGCAAGAUAUACUUUUUCGAGGACUCAUGUCGCGGUCAAGUCGCUGACCUUUCUCUGUGAAAAAUGUCAGUUGAAUUAAAACAAGGGCACAAUCAAUACUGAAAAAGCCUGAAGUUUACAAAUGGUUGUUUUCGACUGAAAUAUUGUGACAUAAUAAUGAUAAUUGCCAUUGAUAUUUCUAAAACUUUGUAAAAUAUGUUCAUCAUCAUCAUCAUCAUCAUCAUCAUCAUCACCAUCAUCAUCAUCACCGACUGUACAUAUACCAUAAACCAGUGCUCAUUGUAUCAAAUACAUGCAAGGCCCAAAUUUUACAUAAUUUUUUGAUAACGGAUUCCGAUAGUGAAACAUUUGGUCGGUAGUCAAAAACUAAAAAACAUCCAUUUUAGCAUGUUUAGUAAAUAAAAAACCUUUAUUAUUAUUUUCCAAGUGAUCGUUACUGUCAGCAGUGUAAAAAACCUUGUCAACCUGAUUUUAUUUCUUUUCUGACUUUUCGAUAUUUGAGUCGGAUCCGUAGGCCUGACCAUGCUGUACAUAGUGUGCCGGUCUCAUUACGGGUAAACAAUGUUCUGAGAACCAAAAUAUGAUCGUUGUCUGUUAUAGCUGGAAUGUCAACUCAACAUUGACAUACGACAGAAUGUGAUAUGAUUCCCAACUUCCACUUAGCUGCCAAUAUACUCAUGCAAAGAAAAAAAGGAACAUCUGUCACAGGACAAGUGUGUGAUACAUUUUGUAUGUAGCGCAAAGAAAACCACAGAUUGUUUGGUAACGCAUUGGUACACAUGUGCAAAUAUUUCACUGUGACAGAUUUUGUUGAUAGGAAUAAGUUUUAUUGAACACAACAGUGAAUCUUUUACUUGUGUACCAGCAUAUGACAUCCUUCCAUCAGAGAUACGCAGAGUCAGUAUGUGCCUACUUGGAUCAAUUAAUCAGCUGUUAACGAGAAAUUAAGAAUGAUAAAAAGAAAAUUUCAAAUCUUAUUAAAAAUUAAUAAUGCCGGUAGUUUCACAUUUAUUUUUCCUGAAAUUCUUCAUCCAAGUUUGACAAAGUCUUUGGUUUAAAAAUCUAUGAUAAUGAUACAAUAAUAUUAUAUUUACAAAUUCAAGAUGGCUGCUCAAUAACGACCAUUGUGUUCAGUUGGUCUCAGUGUACUCGGUGCUAUCUGUGGAAGGAAGGAUGGGGGUAGCAGCAGCUGUGACAGGCUCAAAGGAAUUCAUGUCCAUCAGGAAAGAAAGAAUAAAUGAAUAAAGAAAAA